UAUCUUCGUAUUUCAAAAGGAACGCACUAACAGAUUUUCUCACUCGGUUGUAUAAAAACACGAUACAGUUUUGUGAACAAUAUUGACAAAAGUUACCUAAUUCUCAAAGUUCUCCUCCUCUGACUCUUAAAGCUCUUCUACAUAUGUAAUAAACAAAUUAUUAAAUUCGACAGACAUUUAUUCGGCUUUGUAAGUUUUGUUGUUAUUGCAAACAUUAGUCUUAGCUUAAAAAGCAAGGAAUAUGUAAUUGAAGAUCAACUCUAUCAACUCAUUGUGAGGUACGUAAAAGAGAGAAAAAGUUCAAAUCAAAUUGAUCGCAUGAAAAUUGACUAUCACGCCAGAACAAAUUAAUAACUAACGCAAUUUCAUUUCAAAUGAAAGUCUAUUCCAGCGGAUAAAAGAGUUCUGCUGAAUACAAAUUACUAAAGAAAAGUUGUUCUAAAGAGUUUUGCAAAAAGUUACUUUCUAUCAUAUUUUUACAAUGCAGAAUUUUGACACUCCAAAGUUUUUACAAGUUAAAUCAUCACACUUUCAUUACAAUCCAUAAUACGACCUUUAUAAAUCCAGUCAAACAAAAAUCACCUUUUUCUGCACCUUCUGGAUAAAAAGACCUUGAAAACUGCCAGGAUCAACUAAUCAAGAAGUGGAUAUUGGAAACCUGUGAAAGAAAGAAGAUAAUAAUUGGAAGUGGGUGUGAGUGAGCAUAUGCAAUGCAUGGAAUAAUAUUGAAAAUGUUAAGAGCCGAGAUGCGGAGGUGGAGCCCAGAAACGCUUCUUCUGAUGACCAUCGUCAUAGUUCAAUCAAUUUAUUUCUCCAGCUGCGAAGAAAUUAGCCAAGCUCCAGAAGGACGUAAGCUUCUUUCAACAGCACCACCAUCGACGACUGGGGUGCUAACAAUAGAUUCGAUGAAAGUGGGAGGAAGACAAGAUGAUGAUGCUCUAUUGAAGUUAUCAAACUCAGAUUCAGAUCUAACAGCCACGAAUGUUCCAGUUCUAAAUCAUCAUCUCAAUUUUCCAUCAGCAUCUUUACCUGCUGCUGCUUAUCCGGAGGAGGAGGAGGAGGGCGUGGUGGCACCUGAGAUGAGAAAUGCGACGUCCUUGGACUCGGUGGCAGCCAUCAGAUUGUGUGGUCAGCGGGGGGUGGAGGAACUGAACGCGUGCUUGCGAGAGGCGUUGAAAGAGAUGAGACCCCGAAUGGCUGGGGGGAUCCCAGAACUGGGUGUUCCAGGAGUAGACCCCUUGAGACUGGACCACUUAGCCUUCCACCACCAAACUGGGCCCGUCACCAUCUCCGCCCAAUUCACGAAUGUGGAAGUGACUGGGCUCUCGCAGUUCAACAAGUCUGACUUCUGGGUGGACAUUUCAAGACGUCGUUUAGAUUUUGAUGUAACUUUCCCCUCCUUGUUACUGGCUGGUUCUUAUGAACUCUCAGGCAACAUGUUUUUCGUCCCCAUUUCUGGAGUUGGAAACUUUUGGCUAAGUCUGGGAGGAGUUGGCUCAAAAGGUGCUGGAACAUUGAUUGCGACAUCAAAAAGCGGAGAAAGUGGGAGACGAGUGGGGCUGAAAAGUACCGAAUUGGAUCUCAACAUAGACUCCAUAAAAGUUCAGUUGACGAAUUUAUUCAACGGGGACAACCUCUUAGGUUCUGUAGUGAACACCUUUUUGAACGAAAACUCUCAAGAUAUAUUUGAAGAAUUACGACCACAAAUCGCUGUCCAAGUGAAAGAUAUGCUCACCAUGUUGGCAAAUCAGACGCUUGUGGCACUUCCUGUAGACUUUCUCGAUGACGUCCCAUUGGACCCCAGCAGCGAUGAUGGUUCGGUGUUGACAGAAAAUUCAGAUUCGAAGAACAAUGACAGGAAUAGCUAUCGAUCACUGCCAAUAUCGAGUGCAAAUCUCACUUCUUACUCCUAACAACACUGUGUCGCUGUUUUUUUACCUUGUACACCUUUAUCUGGGUACUACCUUUACAUAUCUAAAAAACCUACAAAAGUAGUUUAUCAUGUUCAAAAACUAAAUGAGCUUUUCGUCAUUUAAUUGGGCAACCGUAUUAUGAAUGUUUAUACACGUACAUAAUAAAAUUCUACCUCGUAUUUAAUUAGCUCUGUAGCUGUAGUUUACAUUGCCCCACUUAAACAAUGACAAAAGAACUACAAAACUAUUCUCUCGAUCUGUGACACCAAUCGUAAUCUUUAGCCUCGAAAUAAAUAUUUGUUCACGGGUCGAAAAAGUAAACUUUUA